GUUUUCUUCGCAUCAGCCACCACGCUCAUCAAUAUCCACAUCAUUGAGGAGGAUCGAAAAGUAAAUAUAAUUAAAGGGAAUGUUGCAUUUACUGCACGGGACGCUUCAAGUGAUCAUAUAUGAAGUCGAUAAGCUACAUUCUGGACACAACUUCAAUCUCAACAACCAGGGUGCAAGAAAUUUUGGGAAGAAAGUUCUUACCCGAGUCAAGAGUAUUUUGCGAUCCAAACCUCAAAUAAUUGGGACUAGAUUGUAUGCAACAGUUGAUUUAGAUAAAGCAAGGGUUGGGAGAACAAGAAUGAUACGCCAAGUCUCUAAACCUAAAUGGAACGAGACAUUUCAUAUAUAUUGUGCCCAUUCCAUUUUUGAGAUUAUAUUCACUCUUAAAUAUGAUAAUCCUGUUGGGGCAACUCUUAUUGGAAGAGCUCAUGUACCUGUUGAGCAAAUCCUCAAAGGCAAUAUAAUGGAUACUUGGGUUGCUAUAACCGACGAAGAUCGUCGUCCCAUACAGGGUGGCUCUAAAAUACAUGUUAGAAUGCAAUUCUUUAAUGUUACUAUGGAUGUAACUUGGUCUAAAGGAAUCAAGAGCCCGCGAAAUGCAGGUGUUCCUCGUGCAUUCUUUGCCCAAAAAGUUGGCUGCAAAGUUACUUUUUACCAAGAUGCUCAUAUCUUAAAUGCUUAUCUUCCAAGGAUUCCUCUGUCCGAAGGAAGAUGUUAUGAGCCCUAUAGAUGUUGGGAGGACAUUUUCAAUGCAAUCACAAAUGCUAAGCACUUGGUUUACAUAACUGGAUGGUCUAUAUAUACUAAAAUAACCUUAGUAAGAGAUCUAAGGAGGCCAAUUUCUGGGGGAAAUAUGACCCUUGGGGAACUUCUUAAGAAGAAAGCUGAUGAAGGUGUUAAUGUUCUGAUGCUUGUGUGGGAUGACAGAACUUCUAUUAAAGAGAUAAAGAAAGAUGGGUUGAUGGCAACUCAUGAUCAAGAAACACAAGAGUAUUUUAAGAACACUAAAGUGCAAUGUGUGUUGUGUCCACGUAACCCAGAUGAUGGACGUAGCAUAAUUCAAGGUUUUGAGAUCUCAACAAUGUUCACUCAUCAUCAAAAGACAGUGAUUGUUGAUAGUGAAGUACCUGGCGGAGGAUUUGAUAGUAGGCGAAGGAUAGUAAGUUUUAUUGGUGGUAUUGAUCUGUGUGAUGGGAGGUAUGAUACUCAAGAACAUCCUUUAUUUUCAACUCUCAACACAACCCAUUAUAAUGAUUUCCACCAACCUAACUUUCCUGGAGCUUCAAUCAAGAAAGGAGGCCCAAGAGAGCCGUGGCAUGAUAUUCACUGCAAAUUAGAAGGGCCAGUGGCUUGGGAUGUCUUAUUCAACUUUCAACAAAGGUGGGAGAAGCAAGUUGGUAAGAAAUUCUUACUCCCUCCUAAACUUCUUGAUCGGAUUCUAGUACCUCAAUUUUCCAUAACAACAAAUGAUAGACAUACAUGGACUGUUCAAUUAUUCAGAUCUAUUGAUAGUGGUGCAGCUUCUGGCUUUCCUCAAGACCCAUCUAAAGUAAUUGAAUUAGGCCUUGUCAGUGGGAAAGAUAACAUCAUUGAUAGAAGUGUUCAGGAUGCUUAUAUAAAUGCAAUUAGACGAGCCAAGAACUUCAUCUACAUUGAAAACCAAUAUUUCUUAGGGAGUUCAUAUGGUUGGAAAGAGUGUGACAUAAAAGUUGAAGAUAUUGGGGCUCUACAUCUUAUACCAAAGGAGUUGUCCCUGAAGAUCAUAAGCAAGAUUGAAGUAGGAGAAAGGUUUUCAGUGUACAUUGUGAUUCCAAUGUGGCCAGAAGGUGUCCCUGAGAGUGAUUCAGUACAAGCAAUAUUAGAUUGGCAGAGAAGGACAAUGGAGAUGAUGUAUAUUGAUAUUGCUGUAGCCAUUCAGAGAAAGGGAAUUAAAGCCCACCCUAGAGAUUACUUGACAUUUUUCUGCCUUGGAAAUCGAGAGAGUAAGAAAAAUGGUGAAUAUGUUCCUCCAGAGAGACCAGAUCCUGAUAGUAAUUAUAGCAAGGCACAAAAUGCUAGGCGCUUUAUGAUUUAUGUUCAUGCCAAGAUGAUGAUAGUUGAUGAUGAAUACAUAAUCAUUGGUUCUGCCAACAUAAACCAGAGAUCAAUGGAUGGUGCAAGAGAUAGUGAGAUUGCAAUGGGUGCAUUCCAACCAUAUCACCUUGCAUCCUAUGGCCCACCUAGAGGUCAGAUAUAUGGAUUUAGACGAGCUUUAUGGUACGAGCACCUUGGGAAUAAUCCUAAAGGUGAUGAAGCGUUUGACCAUCCAGAAAGUGAAGAUUGUGUGAAGCUUGUGAAUUAUCUUUCAGAUUUGAACUGGGAAAAUUACUCAAGUCAAACAUUUGAUCCACGAAGUUCAUUCAACCACCUUAUGCGUUACCCUAUAGAUAUAACUAGAGAUGGGAAUGUAACACAAUUACAAGAGUUUGAAUUCUUUCCCGACACUAAUGCUUCAGUUUUAGGUUCUAAAUCAAGCCUUCCUCCAAUGCUCACCACCUAACUUUAUGCAUGAUGAUCAUGAAUUAGUCGCUUCAGCUACCACAAGCAACAAAGUGAGGCAAGAAGAUAGAGAUAAGGCAUGCAUGGAUGGCCAAAGGAAGUAGAUGUUCUAUCGAUUAUAAGAAUCUUCUUUAAUUAAAAUGAGAACGAUUAUUCAAAAAUAGUGUUAAAUUUCAUCAUGCCAAGAAGGUUGGAAUUAUUGUAAAAGCUUUCGAUCUUUUUAUAUAUAAUUGGCAUGUGUUGAUGUGUUA